AUGGUACCUGAUACGCUCAGAAAUCUCAACCCAACCGCGUAUACACCUCUAAUAGUCUCAAUUGGUCCUCUUCACAAAGAGAACCAACAUCUAAGAGCUAUUGAGGUGCAAAAAGUGACUUACAUGUAUAGACUAUUUCUUCGAACUAAGGAAACCACGGGGAAGGCUAUAGAGCAAAUAAGUUAUGAUUGCGCACAAGAAUUGCUUGGGCUUCUAACACGUGCAAGAGCAUGCUAUGCACCAAGUCUUACAAACUAUGAAGAUUUCAAGCUGGCUGAAAUGAUGGUUAUUGAUGGUUGUUUUAUACUUGAACUUCUCUACACGUUCAAGUAUGGAAUUGGAGAGGGUGAUCCAAUUUUCGACAAUAUUCUGGUGAUGCGCGACAUUCAACACGACCUGCUGCUUCUAGAAAAUCAAAUGCCUUUCUUUAUCCUUGAAAAACUGUUUACGAUCAAUAUUUUUGAUUGCACUUCGUUAACUGACCUUGUCUUUUAUUUCUUCAAGGACAUGAAUAUCAUAAAUAAUAGCCAACUUACCACAAUUGAUGGAACAGACACAGUAGAGCCUUGUCAUAUCCUUGGCCUUCUUCAACGCUGCUACAGGCCUGGAGCUACUAUGCGUGGCCGAUUUCCAAAUAUCUCUUACUCUGCAACUGAAAUAGUUCGUGCGGGAGUCAAAUUCAAGGCACAAACCGAAGAAUAUUCUCCGCUAGCAGUGAAAUUUAUACAACCCUCUGUUGUUCCGGGGUUGGGUGCUCUAUUUGUUAGAGAAACCUGUUUCAAAAUUCCAGUCUUAUGCAUCAAAGACACCACCGCGUCGUUCUUGAGGAAUCUCAUUGCCUAUGAACAGUGCUACCCAUUCAGUCGUCAUUAUGUUACCUCUUUCGCCUUCCUCAUGGACAGGCUUAUUGACACUAAAGAUGAUGUUUCGUUGCUUGUGAGAGCAAAAGUCCUUCAACAUAAACUGGGAGCCAUCGAAGAUGUUACGAAUCUCUUCAACAAUAUUUGCAAAGGUGUUGUCCUUCGGGAAUUUUAUUACACUGAGGAAUGGAGACAAUUGGAUAGAUAUUGCAAGCGUUUCCGGCCUAGCAUAUUAAUUUUAUUGAAUCGCCUCUAUAGAAGUACUACGUGGAAAACGUUAUUGACUAAAGGAUACUUUUGGUCAUUUUAAUCUGGUUGCUGUUGAAGUUUAGCUGAUAGUUGGUUCUCUUGGCGUUGCCUCCGAUUGGUUGCAUUACUGUUACCUUUGUAGAAUGUGGGUGGGUUUCGAAGGUGUUAAUUAUGUACUGGAGUGCUAUUGGUGUUUGAUUUUUCUUGUUAAUUCCCUGUGUUGAAGGAGAUUAGUUGUCUAAUUGUAUUAUUUCUAGCAUGGUCGUCUGUUUGGCUGGUUAGCAUUUCCUCUACUAGUUUCUGUCAGGUGUUGUUUUUCUUCUACUAGCUAUAAGAUUGUGUGGUGGUUGUUCUGUUUCAUAUUCGUUGCAUCAUUUCCGACAUCCAGC